AGGCACCUCGACCAAUAAUGAUGAGAAAACCUUGAAGUCUGCCCAACGAUCGUGGGCCGAAGGCGGUCCUGCUUUGUUGGGGCGUGAGUGUGUGUGUGCCCUGUGUGAGUGUAUAUGUGUGUGUGCCCGGGGGUACUGAGGGCUACGUGGGGGCGAAGCAGAACUUGCCAUGGCAGCAGCAGAGGAAGAAGACGGGGGCCCCGAAGGGCCAAAUCGCGAGCGGGGCGGGGCGAGCGCGACCUUCGAAUGUAAUAUAUGUCUGGAGACAGCCCGCGAAGCUGUGGUCAGCGUGUGCGGCCACCUGUACUGCUGGCCCUGUCUUCACCAGUGGCUGGAGACCCGGCCAGACCGGCAAGAAUGUCCGGUGUGUAAAGCCGGCAUCAGCCGAGAGAAGGUCGUCCCUCUUUAUGGGCGAGGGAGCCAGAAGCCACAGGAUCCCAGAUUGAAAACUCCACCCCGCCCUCAGGGCCAGCGUCCAGCUCCAGAGAGCAGAGGGGGGUUCCAGCCAUUCGGUGAUGCUGGGGGAUUCCACUUCUCCUUUGGGGUCGGUGCCUUCCCCUUUGGCUUCUUCACCACCGUGUUCAAUGCCCACGAGCCUUUCAGAAGAGGCACAGGUGUGGAUCUGGGACAGGGUCACCCAGCCUCCAGCUGGCAAGACUCCCUAUUCCUGUUCCUCGCCAUCUUUUUCUUUUUCUGGCUGCUCAGUAUUUGAGCUGUGUCUCCUCCUUGCCCACCUCCAGCUAGAGGAGAAUCAGUAUUGGGAGUCCCGUGCUGGUCCUUCCUUGCUUUUGGACCACCCCUUUACUUCCAUGACCCAUCUCUGUCUGCUGAGGCCUCUCUCGGGAGGGCAUGGCGAGGAGUGACCAGUCUGCUUAAGAUGGGAGUGCCUGCUGCUGUGUACUGCUGGCCCAGUAGCACAGACACUCCUAGCCUGGAGGACGGACAGACAGACAGGUGUCCAGUUCUCCGAAUCCUUUGCUUUUCCCCAGAUUUCUUGAUUUGGUAUUUAAAGGUGGGCUCUCCCCAACUCCUCCACGUGACUUAAUUUAAUCUUUCUCUACCCACUGUCUAAUAUGAAUUUUGACUCUUGAAGUGUCUCUUUCCAUCCCUCACUACCUCCUUUAAUUACAAAUUCAAAUAAUAAUAAUAAUAAUAAAAAUAAAGGUGAAACGCAUUGCUGGGAA